UCGAAUUAAGUUAGAGUCCAAAUGAUUAUCUACAAAAAAUGGCUUGGGCCCUAACUAUUUAAGAAUCUAGCCAAUUAAUAAAUAUACAAACUUGGGCUUGCAACUUUUGAGCCCAAAACAAAUUAAAUAAAAAAUGGGAGCAUGCCCAAGAAUUCUUUUCUUUUUCCUUCUUUUCUUUCUUCUCGGCCGGUUACAUCCUCCCAUGGAGACCCUCCAAUUUCCAAUCCUUCACCUUCCCUCUUCCACCUUCAAUUCUACCACCCAAGAGUCACACAAGUUAAUACAUUAGCCCUUCAAUCCUUUUCUCACAUUGCACUUCACAAAAAAAAAAAAAAGAGAGAAAGAGAUAGCGAGAAAGAGCCGAGAGAAAGGGGAGAAGGAGAAGUAGCUUCCAUCUUGUUUCAACCACAACCAAGUUCAAUUCUUGAGAACUUUUGUCGGGGCUGUUUCGGGUUGAUAUCGGGGUGGUUUCGGGGCUGCGCGACCACCGACGGAGCAGCGGCUCCCGGCGGCAGCAGCAGCAGCCUGACCCGGCAGCUGAGAGGCGGCGACGAGCAGCAGCAACCUGACCCGGCGGCUGAGAGGCGGCGACGAGCUGCAGCAGCAGUGUCGCCUGCACCGCAGCGGCGGCAUCCCGUCUUCCCGACGAGCAGCAGCAGCCGAGGCGUUUCGGCGCAGAUUUUCGGUUCAAGAGCAGACCGGGGUAGCGGAGACUGCUCAGUAGCAGCGAUGGCUGCUCGGAACAGUGACAACAGCGACAGAGGAACGACGUCGGAGAUUUUGGAACUCCCGAUUUGGGCGAGGGAGAAGAGAGAGAGAAGAGAGAGAGAAGGGAGACAGUGA